CAACAUUACAGAUCAACUCCACUUAACUCCAAUCCUCAUCGUGCUCCUGUGACAGUUUAGAGAGACACCAACAUGCUCUUGUUUCUCUUGUUUGGGCUGGCUCUGGGUGCCGUGUUUUCAUCAGAUGACCACCAAGUAAAACUACAGCGUGGAGACUGUCCCAUGUUCUGGUACAGCUUCAAUGGCCGUUGCUACAAGUACAUCGCCUCACAUUUUGCCUGGGCUGAUGCAGAACUCCACUGUGUGUCAGAGGGAGCCAACCUGGUGUCCAUCCACAGCCUGGAUGAAGAGAAUUUUGUCAAAUCCCUGAUCAAAAACUUUGACCCUGCUGAGGGAUAUACCUGGAUCGGACUGAGCGACAUCCACAAAGAAGGCACAUGGAUGUGGUCUGAUGGGUCUGCAGUCAACUUUACCCUUUGGGAUGAACGACAGCCAGACAACUAUAGAGAAUAUGAACACUGUGUUCACAGCAACUAUUUCUUAAAUCUGAAAUGGAAUGACGACCAUUGUCCUGUCACUUAUCCCUCUGUGUGUGCAUUUCGUAUAACUUGUCCUUAGCAACUGAAAUAGCAAAAUUAAUGCUAUUUAUGUGGUCACUGUUCACCUGUUGCUUUGUUGAAAUGCAUGUGGCCUCCACAAUAAAGACACAAUCGCACACUGUUGUGUGUGUACACACGUCAAUUCAUUUUAAUGGAAGUCACACAGGUAGCUCUGGUGGUUAAUGAAAAAGAAUAUUUCCACAAGUUUAUAAUAAUCUUAAACUAAUAAUUAAAAAAAAUAUAUAAUAAUGAAUAGAUUGAUAAUUAUCAAUUUAAACAGUAAAUGUUUUGACAUUUCAGUACACAUAUUUCUAUGCCCUGUGGGUUUGUGUUUACAGUUUCCUCUCCAGCUGUCCAUCAUCCACUGCAUAGAGAAAAAGUUUUAUUUAAUUUGUCUGUUAAAAAACAAGCCAACAAAUAAAAUGUAUUUAGAUAAAUUAUAGGCCUUGUGUGAUGUAUCCAGGUGAGCUGGUCGCCUUUUUGUCCUUAUUAAGAUUGUCAUGUAAAUCUGUUUAUCAAAGAGAGACCAAUAAAGUGA